AUGGCUCCAUACUCGUGGCUGGCAGUCCUGGCGUUUGCUGUGGCAUUUCUAACGCAGAUUGGUCUCUGUCAGGACGACGAUACACCACAGUGUGUUACCGGGCCGGCAGGCGUACCAGGAGUUCCCGGGAGUAACGGCGUCCCUGGCAGUAACGGUGUCCCCGGCGCCCACGGCGUCCCCGGAGAGAAGGGAGACCCAGGACCCCCUGGCGUGACGGGGUUUCCGGGGGCUUCCGGUCCAUCGGGUCUGGUGAACUUGAAGCAGUGUAUCUGGAACAACCUCAACAAUGGCACUGACUCCGGGAAAAUUGUGGAGUGUAGUUUCGAAAAGUCGUCCACGACAUCCGCCCUCCGUCUGACGUGGAACGGCGCCAUCAGAGUUAAGUCCGGCAACAACGCCGGCUGCCAGCGCUGGUACUUCACGGUGAACGGCGAUGAGGAGUGCGGCAAUCCCGGUCCGAUUGACGGCCUGAUGUACACGAACGGCAACGAUAUCAACAUUCACCGUGUGUCUACAAUUGAAGGCCUGUGUUACGACAUCCCCGCUGGCCUUGUGACAGUGGCGCUGAACCUCGGUGAAUGCCCCGAUGGUACCGCCAAAGGAGACGCCUACACCGGGUGGAACUCCCACUCGAGAAUCAUCUUGGAGGAACUGAACAUUUAAAGGCAUCCAAUGCAGUUUUUAGGGCUUGGAAACCAGAAUUUUCAAAGUCAAUAUUCUAGUCACUUAUCUACGUACAUGAGUUGAAACAGCACUAUCCAAAUGUAUAUUGACCCUCAUAUUGACCCAAAACUCAUAAAUUCU